UUCACUCAUGGAGUAAAAUUUGACUCAUCCAGUUGCGGAUAUAUCGAAAAUCCCAGCAUUGCUGACAUGGCUCACUGCGUUGCAUUCGUAAUAAAUUCAAUUACCAUAAUUUUGGUGGAACCUGAAGUGUGGGCAAAUCUACGUUGCCUAUUGAGAGCCUUAAACGGUCGAAGAGUGCCAAUGUUUAUUAUUCUCACACACGUGGAUGAAAAGUGCGAGGAAGUUGCAAAAGAAGUGAGAAAUGUGUACAGAAGUAUCACUAUACGGGAUACAAUGAAAUUGGUCAGCAGCAAGCUCAAUGGCAUUCCGGGGGCCCAGAUCUUUCCGGUCAUUAACUACAAAGACCAAACUGAGCUGGAGGAUGAAAUAGAUGUCCUGUUAUUGUAUGCAUUGCGUCAAAUGUUGUAUGCUGCUCAGGCUAAUCUGGAUAACAGAUAAAAAAAGCAAGCAUUUGAAGAAUCGAUAGGAUGAACUUUUUUAUUUUGUUUACUUCUUUUUGUUUGCUUUGCUUUUCUUUUAUUUGUUUGUUUGUCUGCACGCUUGAUGAAUAACUCUCACAACUCCACUCACGAGCCUUCCAAACACUCGAAAACAAAAAAAACUGUCAGCUGUAAUCUUCUAAAACUUUGUGUAUUCGAAACUGUUUAAUGUGUUAGACAACACCAUUAUAGUAAAGUAAGGCAUCAUUGUUAUCGGUGAGAGAUAUAUAGAUAAGAAAUACUGUGACCCCCAUGGUCCAUAGCAUAAAUUAUGGUAAAGUAA